CAUCACCAAGCAAGAAACGGAGCAAGCGAAAGCAAGCUGCAAGCAGAGCCCAGAGCAGAGAGCCAGCGAGCAGCCGCGGCGUUCCAGAGCCAAGCAUCUCCGGCACGCCGGCGACCGAGGCCGACCAGGCAGGCAAGAUGGUGCAUCAAGAAGCUGCCAAGGAGGUCAUCUCGCUGAUGACGCCGUACAAGAUGGGCCAGUUCCAGCUCUCCCACCGUGUGGUGCUCGCGCCGCUCACGCGCUGCCGCUCCUACGGCAACGUGCCGCAGCCGCACGCCGCCGUGUACUACUCGCAGCGCGCCACCAAGGGCGGCCUCCUCAUCGCCGAGGCCACCGGAGUGUCCGCCACCGCGCAGGGGUACCCGGAGACCCCCGGCAUCUGGACGCCGGAGCAGGUGGAGGCGUGGAAGCCCAUCGUCGACGCCGUCCACCGCAAGGGCGGGAUCUUCUUCUGCCAGAUCUGGCACGUUGGCAGGGUCUCCACCAACGAGCUCCAGCCUGACGGGCAAUCUCCGAUCUCGAGCACGGACAAGCAGGUCUCCCCUGACGCCGAGUCCGGCAUGGUGUACUCGAAGCCGCGCCGGCUGCGGACGGAGGAGAUCCCCGGGAUCGUCGACGACUUCAGGCGCGCCGCGCGGAACGCCAUCGAGGCGGGCUUCGACGGCGUGGAAAUCCACGGCGCGCAUGGCUACCUCCUGGAGCAGUUCAUGAAGGACAGCUCCAACGACCGCACCGACGAGUACGGCGGAAGCCUCGAGAACCGAUGCCGCUUCGCCGUUGAGGUCAUCGACGCCAUCGUCGGCGAGGUGGGUGCGCAUCGCGUGGGCAUCAGACUAUCGCCGUUCGUCGACUUCAUGGACUGCGUGGACUCCGACCCGGUGGCGCUCGGCAACUACAUGAUCCAGCAGCUCAACAAGCACGAGGGCUUCCUCUACUGCCACAUGGUGGAGCCUCGGAUGGCCAUCGUCGAUGGACGCAGGCAGAUUCCACACCGGCUCUUGCCGUUCAGGAAGGCGUUCAAUGGCACGUUCAUCGCCGCCGGUGGGUACGACAGGGAGGAGGGCAACAAGGUAGUGGCGGAAGGCUAUGCUGACCUUGUCGCGUAUGGAAGGCUCUUCCUGGCCAACCCAGACCUGCCUAGGAGGUUUGAGCUGGGCGCGCCACUGAACAAGUACGACCGCUCCACCUUCUACAUACAGGACCCCGUCGUUGGCUACACGGACUACCCUUUUCUUGAAGAUGGUAGCAAAAACAAAGAGUCCGCUACUCAAGCUUGAUCCUGCAGUUCAUCGAUUUGAUUAGUGCUAAUAAUGCGCAGGAUUCAUGCAUCACUAGUUCAUUAUUGGUCUCCCCGAUUCUUCAUUGGUUUUGUAUGUGAAUCAGUACAAAGAAGUAGCUUUUCAAUACUGUUUAGCUUGUAUCAGGAGAAACAAAAAAAAAGUGUACGUGUAAUAUGAUAAAAGUUCUGCUAAACCUAUUUUUUU